AUGAUGAAUUUAGAGCUGGAAGUCAAAGCAGCUGCCUCCGGAGGUGAUGGGCUCCCCUUUCCGGAGGCCGUCAAAGGCCGGGGAGCCAAUCAUCGGCUCACCGAGCCGCUGCCUUCUGAGGUCCACGCGAACGUUAAAGCAGAAUUUGUGAAGGGGUCUCGAGACUACAGCCAGAAGGCCCUUCCGGCCGUCAGAGAAGCCCAGCAGGAAGCGCAGCGCCCCCCGUCGGUGAACUUCCCCAGAUUCCGUAGGAGCUACUGCAAAAGGUGCGGCCGGCACCAGCUUCACCGGGUGACGCAGUACAGGAGAGGCAAAGAUUCCCGGGUCUCGCAGGGGACCAGGCGAUACCUUCGGAAGCAGAAGGGCUAUGGUGGGCAAAAGAAACCAGUUUUCCGGAAAAAAGCGAAGACCACAAAAAAGGUUGUAGUGAGACUUGAAUGCACGGUACCCGACUGCAAAUGCAAGAGCUUCCUGGCCAUUAAAAGGUGUAAGCAUUUUGAAGUGGGAGGAGUUAAGAAGAUAAAGGGCCAAAUGAUCCAGUUCUGACUUCAUUGUUGUUGCGUCAGUAGGAAAAAAACCAUUCCAUUCCAUUCCUCAGUUUUGUAUUUUCUGUCUUGGAAAGGAAGCGGCUUGGGUAAAAACAAGUCUUAUAUUUUGUGAAGCUUUUCCCCUGUAGGAAAAGUUCUGGAGGAUGUGGCUGAAUGUUGUAACUUUAAUCAUCUACUUAAUGAGGUUUGUAUGGAGAGAAAGCCCAGCUGCACAUUUCUGGGGCUUUGUACUGUGGUUAAAAUGACAACUUAGAUUCCUAGGCAAAUUGGGGGGGGGGAAUUAGGGAAAGAUAGGGAGAGGUAGCCCCUGUUAUAGGCUUUUAGCAAAUCAAAAGUAAUUUAUCACUUUCAGGGCUUGCCCUGUUUUCAAAAAACUAAUGAAAUGGUUUCCCACCUCUAUUUGGAUUGUUGGAGUACUAAUCAAAUUGAAUUAUCUGGUAAUUAAAAAGAUAGCCCUGUUUUCAAAGUUUUAAUGAAGUAACUUCCCAUAUCUGUUUGGAUGGAGUUAGUUCUUUAUGGAGAACUAUUUAAUAGCACUUUAAAUUACCUGACCAUUAUGUAUGGCUAUGGGAAUGACAGCUGGUCAGACUUGAGCAGUACAGAAUGGAGGUCAUUGUUUGUUUGUUUGACAUUGUUGUUUGUACUACAUAAACCCACGUUAGACUUUACGCCCUCUCUAGGGCAGAAUGUUUGUCUGUGUCAAUCUGUGUAAUUUGGCACAGUGCUCUGAGCACUGUGCCUUUCACACUAAAGGUGCUUAAUAAAUGUUGAGUCUUCCUAA